AUGGCAUCAAAUUCAUCCAAUACGACUGCCGUGGAAUACGUCGGAUGGCAAACCGCACCACAUACCCGCGGCACGAUGGGCAUAUUGUUGAACUGCACAUCUGUCAUUCUUCUAAUCACCUGGACCAGUUUCCACCCUUGUAUUGGCAUCAGUCGGAAGCAACGGAUACUUACCACGAUCACGGCGAUUUUUGUCCCAGUAUUACCGGUAUUGGUGGCUUCCAAGGAUUUUAUGUGUGCCUAUCGACUGUGGAAGCCAUUGCAUGUGAUGGACGGCUGGAAAGAGGAGUGGACUUGGACAAAGUCCUUUUUGGUCGUCAAAGGUGGCAUUUGUGUCAGGCCACACUAUCAACGUAGUCAUAUUGACGACUCGAGUUCUAGUCAAUCAAUCAACUCGAAUUUCGGCGAUAUUUUGGACCCGGAUACUUUCCUGCAGCUCGCGCGGGUGGGAAGUGUCCAAUACGAGGACUUCCCCGCUACUAUGGAAAUUCAUGACAAGUCCAAAGCGGACUGGUUCGCUAAGGCCAUUACGGGUUUGCAACUCCUCUGGUUUAUCAUCAACAUCGGGUGCAGAAGGAUCAACAAUUUUCCCGUUUCGUUGAUGGAAGCAAUAACCCUGGAUUGGAUCGUAUACGGACUCUUAGCUUCAAUCCUGUGGCUGAAGUGCCCCCAGAAUAUCGAAAUACCUUACGAUGUUCCUGUGCGCGAUUACCGCGAGCUGGCAGCAGAAUCACAGUCUGACUAUCAUCCAGUCCUGUCGGAGGUAUUGCUGCGUCACUGGCUUACUGCGAAUCCAGAUUAUGGGCGUCGCAGUCACACAAACAAAUCCAUGUCGCAAAUAUUGUGUUGUACUAUCAUGCUGCCGAGCUCCGCUCUCAUGAUGGUCCCUCUGAUGACCCCUUAUCAGUUUCCAUCUCGACUUGUUACCGGAGCAUGGGUGGCCUUCGCGGCCAUGUCUUUGUCAUCUAUUCUCGCACUCACCUUAGAACCUUUAGUCCGUUCUGAUCAGUAUGAUGGAUACAUCCGAGAGAGAUUCGUCAAACUACUGAUGCUUGAACCUUCUGAGUCUUGUGAAAAUGAGACGCGAUCUGUCAGCAGAUGGCUCGAACUCACCGCAGCGAUGGGGUUUUACGACAAGUCUGACGUGGCUUACAAGCAAAUGAACUCGGAUUCCGUAACGCGGGGUUUUUUUCUAAUGGUCGUGAUGCCGUCGAUUUCUGUGGCUUGGCUCUCCCACUUUGCAAAGCUGGUUAUUGCUUUGACAGCGUUUGCCGACGCACCCCAUGGUGUAUACGACGUCCCGAGCACUUGGGUCUUGGAAGCCCUAGUACAUGUGGGUGGGUGA